CAGUGUGUCACGCAUCAAUUGAGUCUUGUUUGUCACUAACGACAUAGCCAACCAUUUGUAGCCCAUGUAUCUCACCGCCUCAGUAUUUCGUAUUUCAUCGCGUUAUCAGCCGCGAAAGGCUUUUCUUGAGACUGCCACCGAUGUGUUGUCCAUGCAGCAGUGAACAUGUGAUUCUCGGCGACUGUCACAGAAAUUUGCAUAAAUAGCUGCAACAUCCAUGCGCAGCGACGCAGUUUUGUCGCGUAUGUAGCCAUUCGCAAAGGGCGAGGCUACAUCGGGCUUCAUGAUGAAGGAAUUAACACUGUCAGGCUGUCCUGCCGAUCAAAGUAGAGGAGAUAUGCUUCGUCCCGUCACGUGCAUCAAGGCAUUGUGCAAACGAUUUGGGACGCCGGAAAUCUAUCCGGUUCAAGUCUUGAAAUCAACACAGCAGAUGUUCUUUGCGCGAGGUGGCGCUCUUCUCCCGCAACGUAAACGCAUCAAUGACGUCUGCAAACUUAUCAUUUGCAUGCUCAUGCUAGGGUACUUGACGUGCAUUGCUUGGAAUCUGCAGCAGAGAGACCAGCGAAUUUUUAUUGGGUCCUUGACGGCGCAAAUCUCUGGAUUCAAGGUGCAGUCGCAGCUGAAAAAGGAGUCGGGUUCUGACUUUCAAAAAAUCACUAUCAAAGUAGCGAUGGCCGAGUUUCCAACUGAGGCAUGGGAUUCAAUCAUGGACGUUUUUCAACGAAUCAACCAGUCUCCAGUGUCGUCGAUUCGUGACAGGACUCACAGUAGCAAUGCAAACUUGUCAGUGUUACAGAAACGAGAGACUCGUGUGCCGGAAAUACGUUGUCCUGAAGGCACUGAAUUCUUCGGAGCUUGGUGUACUCCAGAGGACGAUGAACAGCAAGUUCCACCAGAUCCGACAGAAUAUCGUUUUCAGUGUGGUGAUAAUAUCGAACAGGAUGUUGAGCUGUGGUCAAAUUGCAAUGAAGAUGAGGUUUGUAUCAAUUUACCGGCUCUCGACGGGCAGGAGCAUACGGUAUUGUGUAAGAAAGAUGAGGGAGAGGUCAUGCAUGUCGGCAACGACAGAUGUAUGACACACUUCCCAAAGGACACCCAUUUGAUGAAGAAGACCCGUCAGAUUGAAGGCACAAGUGAGAAGAGGGUUCCAAUCCAAUUCGACAGACGGGGAAGAGCAGCCUAUCACGAGCCCUUUGAACAAAGCCAGCAUCGAUGGCUUGUGCAGCCUAAAAUUCAGCCAAUUACAUGCGCGCUCGAGAAGACAGGAGAGAAGCUUUGCGAGACGGAUGUGAGCAGCUCCUCCAAGAAUCCUUACACCUGCGAGUCCACCAAAUUUCGCAACAUUGAGGAAACCGCACCAAUUUACUGCUCGUUUGAGCUUGCAGCUACACAAAUUGCUCUUUUUGUCUACGUUGUUGUCAGGCGAGACUCGAUUGCGAAGAACAUGGUUGAAUAG